UAAAAAAUUUGACAACACAUGCUGUGUUUGUCUGUCCGUGCCCAAAUUGUUUCUUGCUUCUCAUCUAUUGGCUAGUCUUCACACAAUCAGAGCCCUCUAACAAUGGCGACUCAAAGGCUAUUGUUCUUUCUACUACUUUCGUCUUUAACCCUUUUAGCACAAUCACGCAGUAACACGAACCACGUCUUCUCACCAUGUACCGAUGGGAAAGUGCAGAGAUCGGAUGGGUUUACUUUUGGAAUUGUAUUUGCUCCGAGAACAUCGUUUUUCACUAACAGUUCAGUUCAGUUGUCUCCUUGUGAUAAACGGCUUUCGCUUUCCUCGGCGAAUUCUCAACUUGCUGUGUUUAGACCUAAAGUUGAUGAGAUCUCUCUUCUUACUAUUAAUACUUCCAACUUCUUCCCUGAUUCUUACGGAGGCUACAUGGUUGCAUUUGCUGGUCGGAAAUAUGCUGCUAGGUCUUUGCCUGCUUUCGUUGCUAAUGGUACAUUCAUCGUAACAAGUUUUACUCUGGUACAUGAAUUCAAAAAGGGUAGGCUGGAAAACCUGUAUUGGAAGAGAGAUGGAUGCGCGUCUUGCUCAGGCAACUCUAACUUUGUGUGCCUCAAUGGUCAGGACUGUGCUAUCAGGACUAAUAACUGCAAGAAUCGAGGUGGCAAUGUUGAUUGUAGCCUUGGGAUACAACUUACGUUUUCUGGCACUGAUAAGCAUGAAUCUGUCUUCAAUUCGUGGUAUGAAGUAAAGAAUCUUCGGCAGUACUCUCUUUAUGGCUUAUAUUCCAAUCUCAGGAGCUCUCUCACCGAUCAAUACAACAAAUUCUUCUGAUUGUUUUUCAAUGUUUGUAUGUAGAGCUGUAUUUUGUAAUUUACUUGAUUUAUAGUAGCUUCUCUUACUCUAUUUCUGAGUGCUCUCUCAAUAUCUUGAUGGCUUUGUAAUUUGUUUAUUUACUUGUAUGCAUGUGGAGAUCAUUUGUCAA